GACCGGCGCUGCAGCUCUGGAGCCUGUCAAGGCGCCUCGACUCCACUCACUCACUCCGAUUUCCUGAAAACAAUGAAGAGUGAAAAACAGCGAGCCUGAACACAAAGAACAGAAAAGUGUAAGAUCUAACAGCGGCUCGGGUCAUGGAGCACAUUCUGACUCCGAAGGUUGAAUACGUGAAGCUCUUGGACAGAUACGCCGCCAAGAAGCCGGCCAUCGGAACCUUGUACCUCACAGCAACUCACCUCAUUUACGUGGAGCAAUCCAACAACGCGCGCAGUGAAUUAUGGGUCUUGCACCAUCACAUCUCGUCCAUAGAGAAACUUCCGACCACGGUGUCAGGGUGUCCGCUGCUCAUCCACUGUAAAACGUUCCAGCGUCUCCACCUGUUGCUGCCCCGAGAGAAGGAAGCCCAGGACGUCCUUCAGUCCCUCCUGCGUCUGUCUCAACCAGUGAAGGAGGAGGAGCUCUACGCCUUCCUCUACAACCCCGAGCAGAGCGGAGACGAGCGGAGACGGGGCUGGGACCUCGUCAGCAUGACCGCUGACUUCAGCAGGAUGGGCCUGCCCAAUGAAUUCUGGGAAGUCAGUGACCUCAACAGCAACUAUGAGCUCUGCUCUACGUAUCCGUCGGUGCUCGGCAUUCCUAAACGCGCAAGUGUUGCUACGGUAACAGGCAGCGCCAAGUUUAGGAGUCGGGGCCGGCUGCCCGCACUGUCGUAUUAUCACAAAGAUACCAAGGCAGCGAUCUGUCGGUGUAGUCAGCCUCUCUCUGGUUUAAGUUCUCGCUGUAUCGAGGAUGAACAGAUGCUGCAGGCCAUCAGCGAGGCCAAUCCCAACUGUCCUUUCAUUUACGUCGUGGACACACGGCCAAAGCUAAACGCUAUGGCUAACCGAGCGGCGGGUAAGGGGUACGAAAACGAGGAUAACUACGCCAACAUCAGGUUCCACUUCCAGGGCAUUGAGAACAUCCAUGUCAUGAGAAGCAGUUUACAGAAACUACUGGAGUUGUGUGCUCAGAAAACCACAUCUAUGAGUGACUACCUGACCGGACUGGAAAACUCUGGCUGGCUGAGACACAUCAAAGCCGUCAUGGACGCAGGAGUCUUCCUCGCUAAAGCAGUAGGUGAUGAGGGAGCGAGUGUGUUAGUGCACUGUUCUGAUGGAUGGGAUCGCACGGCUCAGGUGUGUUCUCUUGCCUGCAUCCUGCUCGACCCCUAUUACAGAACCAUCAAAGGACUCAUGGUACUGAUAGAGAAAGAGUGGAUUGCUUUCGGACACAAAUUCAAUCAUAGGUGUGGACACGUGGAAGGUGACCCUAAAGAGGUGUCCCCCGUGUUCACGCAGUUUGUUGAGUGUGUGUGGCAGCUGAUGGAGCAGUUCCCCUGCGCAUUUCAGUUUAACGAACGCUUCCUGCUCACCAUCCACGAACACGUUUACUCCUGUCACUACGGUAACUUCAUCUGCAACAAUCAGCGAGAGAGAGAGGAGCUAAGGCUGAGAGAGAGGACCUUCUCCGUGUGGCCGUAUCUUCUGGAGCAUCAAGACGAGUUCAGAAACCCGCUGUACAAACGCACUACACACAAUGGCUUACUGAGACCCAACACACUGCCACUGCAUUUCAAGUUUUGGUGUGGGAUGUAUAACCGUUACGAUAAAGGGAUACACCCGAGACAGUCCAUCCUGGACACACUGCUGUCUCUGACUGCCAGACAGAGCUUUGAGGAGAGGACGAUGACGGAACUUCAGAGACAGCUGGCUAUCGCUGAUGGAGUCCUCUCAGCUUCCGACGGACCGAUCGGCACGCUUCCUGACCAGAACGGCGACCCCGAGGCCACGCCCACCUCCUCCUUCGACCGGACGAACGGAGACUGUGCGUCUCUGAGCGACGGCGCCGGAGGAGAGGCGGAGUCGGAAAAAAACGAAAGCCAACCGAAGGUGAUGGCGAAGGACAAACCUGUUUCUAUGGAAACCCAGAUCUCCGAAGAGGAGGUAGAGAAAACGGAGCCUGUCGAAUCCCCAUAGUAACAAAACUGACAUUUGGGAAGAGCUGAAAUCCAAAGGGAAACAACAGAGAUGCACUCAGGACUCAACACACACACACACACACACACACACACACACACACACACACACACACCAUGAACACCAUUAUUACAGUGACAUUACAAUAGAGUGAUACUUUAGCCACGUCCCAUAAACCACUAAAUGAUCUUUUAGCCCCACUUUUUUAUUUUAAUCAAUCUAAUGAAACAAAAAUUAAUUAAGAAUAGUAUUUCAGCUAAAACACAAAAAGCAAAACAUUAUAAAAUAUAUUAAACAUAGUUAAUUAUAUAAAAAAUGACAUUUUAUCCACGCCCCCAAACAUCCAUACAUGUCAAACAUUUAAUAGAAUGUAUUUUUAGUCAUAAAACACACGUGAUGUGAACGGGUGUAAACGAUUUUUAUAAGACAAUAGUAUUUCUUAGCCACGCCCACUUCAAUGUAAUGUGAGAGAAACUUUUUCGCCACCCUCCCAAACAUGGCAGAUUUAUCAAACAUUAUAUUAGAAUGUCUUUUUUUUUCUGCUCACCCCUUGUAAAAAUUCUAAACAUUAUAAUAGGAUGGGAGUUUGAGAUUUUGUCCACGCCGUCCCACAAAUUGUAUUAGGUACACACGUUACAGUGGCAUUAUAAUGGAAUGGUGUUUUAGCCACGCCUCCAACAUUCCUUUACAUGACACCUAACAAUACACAGUUUAAGCCACACCCUGAAAACGCCAAUAUGAUCACCGAGAGCAGCUUCUCAGCGACACGCCGUAAACACGCAUCACACCUUCCUGCCUCUCUGAAAUGUCUGAUUGUAAAUAAUAGUUUUUUUUAAAAAGUUCGGUAGCGUCCCUAGUUUUGAACCCUUUGCACUUUUUCGCUAUCUUGCCGUUUGUCGAAUAUUUGUCAGCGAAUGUUAUUUUUACAAUCGAACAAAAAAAAGUUCAACUUGAAAACAUUUGAAACAAAAGCGUUUGUAUUUUUCUGUUACGCUGAUCAGACAGGAUGCUCGUUUAUUCAGUUAUUUUAUCUAAAAAAAAAAAAAAUGUACGGUUCGUAAACGUUUCGAUGUUUAGUGUUAAUAAAGCGUGUGGCGUGUAAAAGUGUAGCUACAAUAUUGUCGCAAAAUAUUACUGCGAGAUAAUAAAAAAAAAAAAAAUUAACAAAUGCUACAAAAGCAAUAAUUUCAUAAGCAGAACUAAAACGCGAUGAUCAAAGACGGGAGGAAAAAGCGCCGCAGAAGUUCCGUCACUGCAAAGGGUUUUAUACGGUUACGUUUUUUAAACAGAACAUUUAUGGAAAGUAAUGUUUGUAUUUUGCGUCGAAGUACAUCAACGUGGCUAUUUCAGUCUGCUGAUUCAGACGGCGUGCCGUUACGGCCCGUCAUAUAGACACGGGUAUAAAAUCUGUAACACUUGUACCUGCAUUGAGACUUCUUAACUCGUUCAUGAGCGCUGCAUAAACCUUUCCUAACGCGACGCUUGAUUCUUUAUGAAUACUUUUAUCCCAAAUUUAGUCUGUCCGCUAGCAGUUCUUGCACCAUGCCGAAUUGGAGGCUGCAAGCUUCCAGCACUCGUUAGCUACAUUAGCCUGGUAGCUUCAUUACAAAAUUAAAAAGGGACAAUAUUUAUAUUUUAACUGUUCAAUUAAUAAAAAUUUUAAAAAGUCUAAAAAAAAAAAAUAAAAAAAAAAAGUUCUAUAUUUUUUGGCAUUCAGUUGAUGUUCGUAAGAGCAGCACACUGAUACGAAAUAUAUAUUUUUGUACAUUUAUUAUUUCUUGCACUUUUUUAAAAUCUUUUUUAUCAUUUUCUAUUUAAAAAAACAAAAAAACAAACCCAUUUCAUUACUGCAUGAUUCUGCCACUUGACUUUAUAUUACAGUAAAUGUCCUGUGAAAUAAGGGAUUUAUAUAUUGUAUUUUUUUUUAUAUGUGCAUUAGUAUCAAUAUAAACUUUGAAUAAAUUGCUAUUUUGAAACACA